AUGCCACCUACCGUUGACGCGGCCAACAAGGCCGACACUGCCAUCGGCGCCGCCACUGCCCACCCGCUGCUGAGCACCGCGCCGCACGUGCUGCAGGCAGCCCACGCAGUCAUCACCGCCGCUGCCGCCGCCACCACCAGCCCCCAACUGGCGCCGCCGCCCUGCAGCGAGGCGGCCGCCGCCGUCGACGCGCCCCAGCGCGCCGCCCCUGGCCGUUCGCCCACCGCCGGGCGCAGCAGCAAGAUCCCCACCCACGGCCCCACCAAGGCGGCCGACUCGCGUGGCCCCCCUGGCAGCAAACCCGACCCCAGCCGGGGGGCCCGCGCGGCCGACGAGGAGGCCGCUGCUGACGGCGCCGACGGCGCCGGCCCGCUGCCGCCCACCCCGGAGGCGGCGACGGCGGCGGUCGCUGGUGACGCCUGCGCCGGGCCCUGCGGUGUGGCCGGCGACAGCACGGCCAUGAAGGAGCUCCCUGGCGCGAACGCCAGUGCUCCCCCCAACAACAAGAAGCCAGACAAGCACCGCCGACCGUCCGACGGCGGCGCCGACGGCCCCGCCACUCCCACUUUCGCCGCCGCCCCGCGCAGCCUGGCGCCCUGCAUCAGCUGGGGCAGCGCGGCGGGCCGGCUCGGCAGCGCCGGCGCGCCCUCAAGCCGCCUCGGCAGCGGCCCCGGCAGCGCGUGCUGCCUGGGCAGCAGCGGCGGCGCUGGAGAUGAGAGUGGUGUCGCCAUGCCCGCCGAUGUUGCCGGCAUGCCGAGCGAGGCCCCGGCCAGCAGCAGCGGGCCCGCCGUGCAGGCGGAGACCCCAACAAGCCAUGAGGCACAGUGCGAGGCCGGCGCUGGCUAUACGUCGCCCUCCAGUGGCAUGUGGGACGGCCUCGAGCUUGGCGCCGGCUGGCAGGCCUUCCAGCCUGCGGCCCCGCCCUGCGCCCCCAAGGCUGUCUCCCGCUGCACCAGCCCCUUUGCCGCCGCUGCCGUUGGCAGCGCGUGGGCUUGCGGCGACCCCUUUGAUGGCGCCGCCGAUGAGGCGUGCGGCGCGCCGAGCGGCUGGGCGCCUUCCGGCGGCAGCGGCAGCCGCUUUGAGGGCCUGGGGGCCGUGCAUACGAGCGGCUGUGAGGGCGAGAAACCGCCGCAAGAGGGCUUUUCGGGCCUUGGCGCCGGCCUCUUCACCGGCCUUGAUGCGGCAACGUUUGGUUAUGAUCUUGGGGGCACAGGCGCACCGGCGGCGCCUUCCAGCUUCACAGCUGCGGGUGAUGAUUAUGCGCGCCCCGACCCUCUCGCGAGCGGCGCCACCCCCGACCAUUGGGUCUUUGGCCCCCCGGCCGCCGCGCCCGCGCCCGAGGCUGGCUUGGCUCCCGGGUUUGCGGCCUUUGACGGCGCCUGCUAUGUGCCUGAGCCGCUGCCCACUACGACCCACGCCAACCCUUGGGUGUUUGGUGCCCCUUGCGCCGCGCCCGCGCCCGAGUCGGGCUCUGACCCCGGCUUUACGGCACAUGACGGCACAUGCCACUCUCCCGAGCCGCUGCCCAAUACCGCCCACGGCAACCCUUGGGCGUUUGACCCCCCGGUCGCCGCGGCCGCGCCCGAUGCAGCCCCUGCGCCCGACUUUGCGGCCGGCGCUGUCUUCACUAACAUGCCCGAUCCCUGGGCGCCCGCCUUCCAAGAAGCCGCCUCGCCCGGGCCUGAGGCCGCGCCCGGGCCGGGCCUUUUUCAGCCGCUAGGCGGGGAGUCGCCCCUGCGGGCCGAGUCGCUGAUCGUGCGGCUCAGCUCGAAGGGCUUUGCGCUGGACCCUGUUGGGUUCUUAGCAGCAAGGGAUGAGCUGCUGACCCCCUGGGCCCCCCAGCGCCCCACCCUCAAGCCUAUGGAGGGCCGGCCCCUUUUGAGGGCCGGCAGCGGGUUGGUGGGAAGGGCGUUUGUUGAGCCCAUCACCGACGAGGCGCUGGCGGCACUGGUGGACGGCCUGAGGCGGGGCGGCGGCUGCGACGUGGCCGCCGUGCUGGCCGCGGCCGGGAACUAUUCUGGCGUAUUCGACGCCAUCUGCGUUGUCUCGGCCCUCGCGCCGCAGCAGCUGGCGCCCGCCUGGGGCGCGGCCGGCGUCCUGAUCCGGGACGCGCUGCCUCUAGCCUUUGCGGGGACCGGGCUGGUGUGCGCCGACCUGCCCGCCGGCGCGUCCGCCGCCGACGUGGCGUGGCGGCUGGCGGGCGUGCGCGGCACGGCGGAGGCGGCGGCGCUGGCGGCGGGCACGUGCGUCCCGUGGCUGCAGCCCGAGGUGGGCCAGGCCGCGGCGGCCGCGCUGGCCGGCUAUGCGCCAGACCCACAGGAGCAGGAGGCGCUGUGGGAUAUGGCGCGGACGGCGGGCCGCAAGCUGCGCGACUCUGCGCCCGACGCGCUGCUGCCGGCGCAGCUGCUGCGGCUGCUGUCGUGGGCGGCGGACUGCGCGUGCGACGCUGAGCGCGCUGUGCGGCUCGCGUCCGCGCGGCAGCAGGCCGGUCGCGAGGAGGUGGCCCGCCAGGCGCUGGCGGCGAUGCCGGCCGACGCGCGCGCCGAAUUUUGGCGGCAUUUCAAUCAAGUCGUUCAGGCAGCGCAGCAGCAGGCGGCGGAGCAGUCAGCUCAGCCACAGCCGGCGGCAGAGGCAGGGCCGGCUGGGGCGCAGCAGCCCAGGGGCCGCGGCGCUCAGCGCGGUGCGGCGGGACCCAUGGUGGUGGUGCAGGAGGACGAGGGUGCGGAGGCUGGCGCUGGCCGGCUGCCGUUUGGCGCGGCGGGUGGCUGCGCGCAGCCCAUGAAGCUGCGGCGGCCCGCGCGGCUGGCGAUCGCAGGCCCGGGCGCUCGCCUGCUGCUCACGGGGCCGGCGGCCGCGGCAGGCGGAGCGCCGCAGCACAUGCAGCCGCAGCCGUCUCGGGGCGCGAGCGAGGCGGCGGCGCAGCCGGCGGCCCUGGAAGAUCGGGAGACAGACUCACACCACCAGGGCAGCGCGAUUGCUGCCGGUGGGGCCACGCCAGCGGGCGGCGUGGAGCUUGCAGCUAGUGCAGGGCUGGCGGCGGCAGCGGGCAGCGGUUUCGGCCAGGAGCAGGGAGGCGGCGUUCGCCUCAGCAGCCGCGCGCCCUCGGGUGACGAGGGGGCUGCAAUCGCGGCCGCGGCCGCGGCGGCGGCGGCAGCCGAGGCGCUGGCUGAGGCCCGGCGGCGCUCGCGGCGGAGCACGCUGGCCCGCUGGGGUGGCGGCACGGCCGCGGCGUUUUGCUGCGGCGCGCUGCUUGCGCUCUGCCGGGCGCGCCGGCGCUGA